AUGUCGCAGCAAUAUCCGUACGGACAGCCCCCGCCCUAUCCACGCGCGGCAGGUGGUCAAUAUCUACCGCAACCACAGCUCUACCCACCGAGUAGUGGAGGAGGAGGAGGAGGAAGUAGACCAGGCAGCCCUUAUGAACAGUUUGAACCGGCGGUGGCAGCGCAGCAGGCGUGGGCUGGCCCGGGCUAUGCACAACAACAGCAACCAUUUCCUCCUCCUCAGCGGACACCAAGUCCGUAUCGUCAGCAGCCACAGCUGCAGGGGUAUCCGUCUCAGGGAUAUCCGCCUGGUCAACAGCCAGGAUAUCCUCCACCACAAUAUCCCCCUCCGCAGGGUUAUCCUGCUCCUUCUCCUCAAGCAUAUCCGCCCCAAGGAUACCCUCCCCCAGCGCAGGGAUACCAGUAUGCUCCUCCUUCGCCUCAACCUCAACAACAGCAAGGCGCACCCUACACGCUCGUCUUCCAACCGACCUCCCAAAAGCACACCCACUCACUGACCCCCCUGGGCUCCAGCACCCCGACAUAUCUAAUAACCUACAACCGCCCCCUGAUAUACUCGUCCGGGCCCGAAAUCACCAUCACGACCCCCUCAGGCGCCCAACUAGCCACAGCAGCCUGGCACACAUGGAGCAGCAAGAUCGACCUGAACUUCUCCACCACGGGCGCCCAGAUCACCUACAAGGACAACUUCGAGCCCGCAGGCCCCGGCGGUUCCGCGACGCUGGGCCGACUGUUCUGGACCAUCACAAACGGCAACGACAAACAAGCAAACCUCAAGUGCGCGGACCGCACGGGCGCGGCCGUCUGCACCGUGGUCCUGCACGACAAACUGCGCAGCGGCAAGAUCGAGAUCUGGAGACAAGGGUUGGAGAAGGACAUCUUUGAACAGCUUGUCGUGAGCGCCGUCGCGGAAAUCGAGGACUGGAGGAGGAAGAUGGAGAGCAAGAAUAAUCAGCCGGCGAUCAAUGCCGGGAUCGUGGCGGCGGCGUUGAACAACUGA